AUGUUUGACUUCGAGCCGACGAGCGAUGCUGAAGACCAAUCUGGUUCAGCUACCAGCUUACAGAUGUCGGAGGACGGGCCCGUAACGCCGCGUACGCCGGGGGCCCUCCGCCCCGAGGAAAUCAUGACAGACGAGGAUUUCGUCAAGGCCAUCGAAGAGAUGGCCGAAGAGGCUGAGCGUAUCCUGAGCGAUACCGGAAACUCUCCGGUGAAGAGCAGUUUGCCAGAGCAGACUAGACCCACGGAACCAGACAAUGACACCGACGUCGAGCAGUGCGUACAACGACUUCUCGACAACGAUCCCACCCUCAAAGAAGUCAACAUGAACAAUAUGAAGCGAACGCCUAUUCCACAAAUUCGACGGCUACUCGAAGCAUUGGCUUAUAAUGAACAUUGUGAACGAUUGUCACUAGCGAAUAUGGGUCUUUAUGACAAUGAUGUUGCAGUAAGUAAUUUAUUCAUUGAUCAGCUGCAGACAUUUGAA